AUGGAUAACUCAACAGAAAUUGUUGAAACAAUAACAAAUUCGUUUAAUCGAGAUCAAAUUUCGACAGAAUCUCAUAUUGCUAAUUUGAGAGUUGCAAUUGAUAGUUUAAAGGAUAACGAAGUAAUCGGCCUUUUGGACAAGAUUAGUGUGAUUAUACCGCAGAUCAAAUCGUGCCUUAAUAGUUCUAAUGUAAAUUUGACAGCAAGUCUCCUUGAGCUGAUAGCUGAAAUUUGUAAACAUGAGGAAUGCCGUGAUAUGCUUGUGGAAGAAGAGUUGAUACGAAUGAUUCUCAAAUGUUUCAAUUCAAAGGCCCCUGAAAUUGUUCUUCACACAUUUCGAUGUGGAAAUUUGGCUUGUGAUAACAGUACACUUGCAUAA